AUAAUAAUAAAAUAAAAAUUAUAAUGCAUGGCAAUACAUGUGUGUUGAUUCAGGAGGUACGUUUGCAUUGUAUUCCUUGUUGUGCCGUUAUGCAAAGGUGAGCUUAAUUCCAAAUCAUCAGCCAGAAGACAAAGAGCUAUCCAACUACCAUCUGGACACACCAUCAGAACAAUUGAAACGAGCUCAAAAGAUUAAACAAAGUCUGGAGAAUAGUAAAGCUGCCCAGAUCACACUUUUCCUAGUCACCAUUCUUGGAGUUUCUAUGGUCAUUGGUGAUGGCAUUCUAACUCCAUGCAUCUCAGUCCUUUCUGCUGUGAGUGGGAUCAAGGGGUUAAGCAAAGAUGCAAUUGUGGGGAUUUCUGUUGCAAUCCUAGUCGGUCUCUUUGCUUUCCAACGAUUUGGCACCGAUAAAGUGGGCUUGUCAUUUGCUCCAAUUCUCUGUGUCUGGUUCUUGUUCAUCACCCUCAUCGGUAUCUAUAACUUUUUCAAAUACGACCCGAGUGUAUUACGCGCCAUCAAUCCAUGGUACAUUGUGGAAUACUUCAAGAGAAAUGGCAAGGAUGCAUGGACAUCCCUUGGUGGAGUAGUUAUGUGUAUCACAGGUGCUGAAGCUAUGUUUGCUGAUCUCGGACACUUCAAUGUCCGAGCAGUACAAAUUAGUUUUUCUGGAAUUGUGUUUCCUUCAUUGAUAGUAGCAUACUGUGGACAAGCUUCAUACCUCACCAAACACCCUGACAAAGCGCCUGAUACUUUCUAUUCUUCUAUUCCAAGUCCGGUCUACUGGCCGAUGUUUGUUGUGGCUGUUCUUGCUGCCAUUAUUGCCAGCCAAGCUAUGAUAUCCGGAUCAUUCGCGAUUAUCUCCCAAUCCCUUAACCUUGGUUGCUUCCCGAGAGUUAAAGUUGUCCACACUUCUGCCAAGUACGAGGGUCAGGUUUAUAUUCCGGAGAUCAAUUACCUACUUAUGAUUUGUUGUGUUUUAGUCACUGCUUGUUUCAAGACCACAGAAAAUCUCAGCAAUGCAUAUGGAAUUGCUGUGGUUUUUGUAAUGUUCUUGACAACCUGUCUGGUCACUCUUAUCAUGCUUGUUAUAUGGAAGAUAAGCAUUUGGAAAAUACUUAUUUUCUUUGUAGUAUUUGGCGUCGUGGAGGCGUUGUAUCUGUCAUCUGUUCUGGCCAAAUUCAUUGAAGGUGGUUAUCUUCCACUGGCCUUUUCUGUUUUCUUGAUGGCAAUUAUGGGAGUAUGGUAUUAUGUGCACAAACAAAGAUACAUGUUUGAGCUCAAGAACGAGGUCUCUAAUGAAUUCGUGAGGGACUUAGUCCAGAGACCAAACAUCAACAGGGUGCCCGGAAUUGGACUUCUAUACUCUGAGCUUGUGCAGGGCAUUCCUCCAAUAUUUCCUCACUUCAUUUCCAAUAUACCCUCCAUUCAUUCCGUGCUCGUGUUUGUGUCGAUAAAGUCCAUUCCCAUCAGCAAAGUGGCACAGGAGGAGAGGUUCUUAUUCCGUCAAGUGGAGCCAAGAGAGUAUAGGAUGUUCCGCUGUGUGGUGAGAUACGGAUACAAUGACAACAUUGACGAAGCCACUGAAUUUGAGCACCAGUUGGUUGAGAACUUGAAAGAAUUCAUCAGGCAUGAACACCUGAGACGUGAAAUAGAACCUAAUUCUUUGAGAACUUUGGAUGCAGCUGAAGAAGAGAUACGAUUCGUGGACAAGGCGAUGGAAGAUGGUGUGGUUUAUCUCUUGGGAGAAGCAGAAGUGCAAGCGAAAAGGAAUUCAACUGUUUUCAAGAAGAUUGUUGUAAACUACCUCUAUGAUUUCCUGAGGAAGAACUUUAACCAUGGAGGGAAAGGAAUGGAGAUCCCAAGGAGUAGGCUUCUCAAGGUUGGAAUGACAUAUGAGAUAUGAGCAAAUUUGGGAGUCGGUAGAUAUAUUUGUGUUGGAAUAAUAGGAAAUUAAAUGCUAUGCCUUCGGCAGAAUGGUCUGAUAAUCUGUGUUUAGAUUCUAGAACAGAGUUUGUGAAGGUAAAAAUAAACCAGGCUUGGUUUGGUCUUAACACUCACCAAGCACUUGCAGAAUUUUUUAUUUUUUUAUUUUUUCGAUUUUUGGCUUUGAGUUAAUUGCAUGAACUUGAGAAAAGCCAGCAACUUAGUUAGAUAUAUGUCUAUAUAGAGAGAGGAUGAGAACUAUUUUAGAGGUGCUCCUUCAUAUGUAUUAGAGAGAUUUUGUUGUUUGCUAUCAGAUUUUAAAUUUUG